CCUUCAUAUGUCUCUUUCUGUCUGUCAAAAUGUUGUUUUACAAACACAUGAGAAACAGAGCACCAUUACUACUGAUAACUCUCUUCUUCUCCAUUUCCGUUUUUCUAUUUCUAUUCCUAAACCCUAAUAACAAUAGUAGCAAUAUAAAUCUCCCACCGCCACACACCCACUCCCAUCUCCAGAUCGCUCAUCAUCAUCACUCAGCCUGCGAUCAAACACUCUACACAGACCUCUGCGUUUCAACUCUCGCCUCAAUCCCCAAUCUCCACACAAAAUCCAUCCCAGAAAUCAUCUCCGCCACCAUCAAUGUCACCGUCUCCGAGGUCCGUUCCUCCGAAUACAACUGCUCCAGCAUCCGCCGCAAGUUCAGCCGCAAACUCACCCCUUACGACCGUCGCGCCCUCGAAGACUGCCUCGAACUCCUCGACGACACCAUUGACGAACUCCGUUCCGCCAUCUCCGAUCUAUCCACCAGAAAAACCGCUUCCAAACACUACGGAGAUCUCCAGACUCUUCUCAGCGGCGCCAUGACCAAUCAACAGACCUGUCUAGAUGGAUUCGCAUUCAGCAAAGCCAAUUUACGCAAAUACGUACAGGGAAGACUUCGUAAGAUCUCCAAACACGUCAGCAACUCGCUUGCAAUGCUGAAGAAGAUUACCCCGAAAAAGUUCAACGUAUCUUCUCCGGCCAACGGCGGUGAGCCGUUCCCUGAGUAUGGAAAACUAGACCAUGGAUUUCCGACGUGGGUAACGAAGAAAGAUCGGAGAUUACUGCAGAUUGCCAGUGCGAAUGAGACGAAGGCGGAUCUAGUGGUGGCGAAGGACGGUAGUGGGAAUUUUACGACGGUGGGUGCGGCGGUGGCGGCGGCGCCGAAUUCGAGUACGAUUAGAUUCGUGAUAUAUAUAAAAGCAGGGGCGUACUUUGAAAAUGUUGAGGUGGAUAAGAAGAAGACGAUGAUAAUGUUCGUCGGCGACGGCAUUGGGAAAACGCUUAUUAAGGGUAACCGGAGUGUCGUCGACGGUUGGACUACUUUUCGAUCGGCGACUGUCGCUGUGGUGGGAAAUGGGUUCGUAGCAAAAGGAAUCACAUUCGAGAACUACGCGGGACCCAGUAAGCACCAGGCUGUAGCCCUACGAAGUGGGUCCGAUUUUUCGGCGUUUUACCAAUGUAGUUUCGUGGCUUAUCAAGACACUCUCUACGUCCAUUCUCUCCGUCAGUUCUAUCGCGAUUGCGAUAUCUACGGUACCGUAGACUUCAUUUUCGGAAACGCAGCGGUUGUAUUCCAAAACAGCAACCUUUACGCCCGUCGCCCCAACGACAACCAGAAGAACAUAUUCACGGCCCAGGGUCGUGAAGAUCCGAACCAGAACACGGGUAUCUCGAUACUGAAUUGUAAGAUCGCUGCCGGGUCUGAUUUGAUCCCGGUUCAGUCGACGUUCAAGUCGUAUUUGGGUCGGCCGUGGAAAUUGUAUUCGCAUACGGCGGUUCUUUUGUCGAAUAUAGGAGAUUUGAUUGAACCGGCUGGGUGGCUUGAGUGGUCGGGGGACUUUGCUUUGAAUACGUUGGUUUAUAGGGAGUAUAAGAACCGUGGUGUUGGUUCGAACACGACAAGUAGGGUUAAGUGGGAUGGGUUUAAGGUGAUCACGAAUGUUAGUGAGGCGAAUCAGUAUACGGUCGGGAAUUUUAUUGAAGGAGGAGUUUGGCUACCGGCUUAUAAUAUUUCCUUUUAUCCUAACUUGACUGCUUCUGGGGCCUAAGACAAAUUCAUCAUUAGCCAAACCAUUUCUUGUCACUUUCAUUUAUUUCCUGAUGCAUGUGCCCAUUUAUUUUAAUAAUAAAUGAUUUCCUAUCA